AUGGCGUCCUUCGCCCCCGGGUUCAGGAGGAUAUUCCUCCAGGCCUCGGUCUCGGCGCCCAAGUUCUUCGCCUGCAACCAAUGCCUCCGCCAGGCCCCGCGCACCAUGGGGAUGCCCUCGCGCAUCCUCAGCAUCGUCCGAUCCCGACCCUACUCCGACGCCACCAUGGCCAAGCCCGUGGCCAACAUUGCCGAGCAAGUUGCUGCGCGGUCCGCCCCGGGAAUUGCUGAGGCGGCCAAGAGCUCAUGGCCCAAGGCUUCCUCCAAGAGUGUUGGAUACUGGCUCAUCGGCAGCGCUGUCAGCGUCUUUGGUAUUGUCGUCUUCGGUGGCCUGACGAGGUUGACCGAAUCUGGAUUGAGUAUCACCGAAUGGCGUCCCGUCACCGGCUCCAUGCCCCCGAUGUCUCAGGCCGACUGGGAAUCCGAGUUCGAAAAGUACCGUGCCUCGCCCGAAUUCAAGCUGCUCAACCCCCACAUGAACCUCGACGAAUUCAAGAAGAUCUACUUCAUGGAGUGGUUCCACCGUCUCUGGGGCCGCUUCAUUGGCAUGACAUUUGUUCUCCCCACGCUGUACUUCAUCGCCCGCCGUAGAGUCACUCCCAAGAUGGCUGCCAACCUCCUCGGCAUCUCAGCCUUGAUCGGCUUCCAGGGCAUCAUCGGCUGGUGGAUGGUCAAGUCUGGUCUCAAGGACGAUCUCUUCGCUCCUGGAUCCCACCCCCGUGUCUCCCAGUACCGCCUUACCGCUCAUCUUGGUACCGCCUUUAUCUGCUACUCCUGGAUGCUCAUCUCUGGUCUCACCGUCCUCCGCACUCACCGCUGGCUCGCCAACCCUGAGACGGCUCUGAAGACCAUCAAGGGCAUCAGCCAUCCUGGUCUGGUCAACUUCCGACGCUCUGUGUUUGCUGUUGCUGCUCUGACCUUCGUCACUGCCAUGUCUGGUGGUCUGGUCGCUGGUCUCGAUGCUGGUCUCAUCUACAACGAGUUCCCCAAGAUGGGUCUUGGCAUCUUCCCUCCUAAGAAUGAGCUUUUCGACACAUUUUACUCCCGUAAAGAGGACCACUCCGAUCUCUGGUGGCGCAACAUCCUCGAGAACCCAAGCACUGUCCAGAUGAACCAUCGAAUUCUCGCCGUCUCUACAUUUUGCGCCAUUGUUUCCCUCUUCCUCUUCGCCCGCACCAGGAAGAUCGCUCCCAUCCUUCCCGUCAACAUUCAGCGCGGUUCCACCGGUCUGCUACAUAUCGUCUCCAUGCAGGUUGUUCUCGGCAUCAGCACCCUCAUCUACAUGGUUCCCAUCCACCUUGGCGCUGCCCACCAGGCCGGUGCCCUCGGUGUUCUGAGCAUGGCCCUCAUCCUGGCCCAUCGAUUGCACAUUCCUAGGCCCACUUUGCGCCUCCUGGAGCAGCGUGUGAAGCAGCUGUCCAAGUAA